AUGAGUAUGGACGCUGGCGGUCUUGCUCAAAUGACUUUCAACUCUUCUUUCGAUAAUGGCGGUUCCCUUGGGGUCCCGGGCUCUGGUUUUGCUUCGCGUCGCAAAGGCUCUCACAUCAAGCGUUUGAGCGUGCCACCCCAAAUCGCUACCAUUGAUGAAUCUCAGGCUUCCGCCUCGGUUUCUACUCCACGCACCAGUCGUUCUCACCUCUUGGCUGGGUUGCGCACUGCUCCCAAAUCUGCCACAAUUCCCUCCCAACAACAACGGAAUGCAAUGGAGGGUGGACGAUUCCCUGGUUUCCCUAGCCGAGGGGCAGAUCGAGUUCCACAAACUGCGACAGGAACCGGAUUUCCGCAGCAAAUGUACGCCAAUCAAGGCAUGAACUUGCAUCAAUCUCAUCAGUCGAACCACCUACACCAAUCCCAUCAAGCGCAGCAAAAUCGCAUGAUGUACACUUUGCCAGAGCAAGUGCUUGCACCCCCCAUGCUUGACAUUGGUGGUGGAGAUAUCCCCAUUGAUGAGAACAUGUACGCGGAGAUCAUGUCGACCAACUUGUUUCUUGCUGCUCAGCAGCAGCGCCUACAGCAGCAGCUGAUAAGUGUCACUGCUGCUGCUCAGCAAUUUCAAGGUCUUAACUUGGGCAUGACUCAACAUCAGCAAGCUGCCUCCCUUCCCGGCAUGGGUUUUUAUCAGCAACAGCUCCAGCAAGGCGUUCAGCCGAUUGUGCAGCCAGUUCCUGGCAGGCCUGGAUUGUUCUGUGUUUACAAUCCUCUGACUGGUCAGCAGAGUUACAUUAUGGAUAACUCCCAGGAUGAUGGUCCAGCUCAGUCCUAUCAAGAUACCCGAUCCCAUGUUGGCCAGCAGGUGCCGCAAUUCCGUGCAGAGAUCUCUCCUCCCGGAGAAUCUGCGCACUCUGUGAUGCAAUUCCCGCAAACCAUGUCGCUUCCCACUGGCAGCCCCUCCCCGCCGCACGAGGCAUCUGUGAGCGCUCUUCGCCGCGGCCACCGGAAGAAUCCUUCGUUUAACCCGGCCAUUAAGACCAGUAUAGAUACCAACAAGGCCAAUGUGGGACAUGGCCCUCGUUCUGCUGCACUACCGCCGACACCAGCUACUGGAACCUUCGGACCCGGUCAUUCCCGUGCUGGUGAGCAUCCUAUCCGUCAGCCCCGUGGACCUCCUUCGCUCGAGGAUCUUGUUGCCAAACCCACUUCUCAACACGAGGGUAGCAAGAAUUUCGCGACUCGUCAACGCCGCCGUGCUGUUCACAACCUUGUUCGUGCGGGUAUUGAGCGUCGUGGCGAUACACGUAGUCUUGGAUACCACAGCAGCGGUGGUACUAAUACACCGGCAAGCGAGAAAGAAUUCACUUUCUCUGAUGGCGAUGAUGCAACCGUGCGCAGCGGUAGUCUCUCCAGCAAGCCCAGCCUCGGUAGCCUACGUGCAGUGGCCAAUGGUGCCAUUGGAUCUGAGAGAAAGGAGAAGUCUGGCCGGGAGCGUGGCUCCCCAGACAGUUCUUUCCACAGUGCCACCCCAACCAGCGAGGAUGGUGGCUAUUUUGGGUCCAAGUUUGUGGAUGUUCGUGGGGAAUAUGCCCCUUCGCCUAGUCACAGUGGUACCUCCUCGCCCUCAGUUGCGGCUGUUGUUGCUGGCCAGGGGCCGGUGGCUCAAGCACCAGAACGGCGCAAGACGCCAAUGCUGGUGUUGUCCAGCGCUGAAAAGCGCAAGACCCCUUUCAUGUAA